ACAGGUCGGUUUCUAAAUGAUGUAAUUUCCCUAAUGACCAGCUCAGUGUUGUAAGAGAUUACCUGUAAUCACGUGGUGUGGUAACUCCUUGGGUACGGCGUGUUGGUAGUGACGGAAACACGACAUCUCGCUAUAAAACCAGGCUCGGCUGGUUCUCGUGGUCAGUAUCGUCUCGCAGUGAACUAUAAACGUAAACGUGAGCAGAUUUUAGUUGUCACCCGUCCGUCCUUUACUUCACAGCAAACAUGAGGGAAUGUAUCAGUAUCCACGUUGGCCAGGCCGGAGUGCAAAUCGGCAAUGCAUGCUGGGAGUUGUACUGUCUGGAGCACGGAAUCCAGCCUGACGGACAGAUGCCGUCUGACAAGACGAUUGGGGGAGGGGACGACUCCUUCAAUACGUUCUUCAGUGAGACGGGGGCGGGCAAGCACGUGCCCCGGGCUGUCUUCGUCGAUCUCGAGCCCACUGUUGUAGACGAGGUUCGUACCGGAACUUACCGCCAACUGUUCCACCCGGAGCAGCUGAUCACCGGCAAGGAGGACGCCGCCAACAACUACGCCCGCGGCCACUACACCGUGGGCAAGGAGAUCGUCGACGUCGUUCUCGACAGGAUCCGGAAGCUGGCCGACCAGUGCACCGGUCUUCAGGGAUUCCUCAUCUUCCACAGUUUUGGCGGAGGAACCGGAUCGGGUUUCUCCUCUCUGCUCAUGGAGCGACUCUCCGUCGACUAUGGGAAGAAAUCCAAGCUGGAGUUCGCUGUAUACCCAGCACCCCAGGUUCGAACUUUUAAAAUAAUCUCGAGGUUCAUCCACUAA